AUGUAUAUACGGCCAGAUAUAAAACUGGCCACUUUUUUGAGGUUUUUGGCUACUGGAAGCUACCAAAGCACAGUAGGCAAUGAAAUUAUUUCAUCCGCCUCAAAAUCAUCCGUUUGUCGUAUAAUUCGUGAGUGUCUCCAAUUGUUUGAAAAUUGGAUUUGCGGCAAAUGGAUAAAAACACCUACUCAGGAAGAGGAGCAAGACACCAUGGCGUCAUUUUUCGAAAAAACAGGAUUUCCAGGAAUUAUAGGAUGUGUUGAUGGAACCCACGUUCGAUUUAAGGGGCCUGGAAAUGACGUCAAACAUUUGUACUAUAAUAGAAAAGGGUAUUAUAGUAUUAAUGCCAUGGUGAUCUGUGACCACAACAUGAAAAUUAUUUGUGUUGAUGGCCGUCAUCCUGGCGCAAACCAUGACGCUUUUAUAUGGGAAGCAAGCACCGCAGACCUCAAAUUGCAAAAUGAUUUUGAUCGGGGAAAGCGGAACUUUUGGAUUCUUGGAGAUGGAGGCUAUAAGCUGAAGCCAUUUUUAAUGACACCAUACAGGAAUCCAAGGGAUCUGGCCGAAACACGUUACAACAGAAAGCAUGCCAGUGCUAGAAAUGUUGUUGAACGAUGUUUCGGUCUAUUAAAAAACAGAUUUCGAUGCAUUAUUGGCUCGCGGGGAUUGCACUACUCUCCUGAGAAGGCAACCCAAAUAAUAAACGCAUGUUGUGCUUUACACAACAUGUGUAUAACAUACAAAUGCAUCGAAGAGCCAACGGACCCCUACAUAAACCCAGAUAUAACGAUGCCUAAUACCGAAGAAAGUGUGCAAGAAGAAGAUGACAGAGCAAUAUGUAUAAGAAGAAAUAUUGCAAUUAAUUUAUAGGUUUUUAGUUACCUACAUAAUAAUGUUAUAUGUUAUGAAAUUUACUAGUGUAAAUAAACCCCACACUAAAACUUGAA